ACGUUCAAGCGAGAGUGUGUUGUUUGCGCUCCGAGAUAGUUAAAUGUAUCUUAUAUUAGCAUGUUUAGUAAACUUGGGAUGUGGCUAGCAUUAGCGUUAGCUCGCGGUUUUCUUUAAAAACAUUUAUUUUCCCGCUCAAGCUAUUUUGUUCACAUUUAUCGCCGCCGUGUCGUGUAAAGGACUCCGAUAUAUAUAAAUAUAUAUAUAUAUGCGCUUUUCUUUUCUCCGCCCAUGUUGGUGGAAAGUCCAACGUUGAAGCAGAAUUAGCUUUCAACUUCCAAUCCGCUCUUUUGUCGUUAAGUCAGCUCGGCUUUUCUUCCAAGCAACGCGCUCAAUUCCCACUUUUCCACGAAGCCAUGGCGACGUUUCCACAUAAUAUAUCCCAACAAUAGCCAGCGGGAAAGAAAUAGUCCUCCCUUGGGAACCCGAGCCCAGGGGGUUCAGCAGGUUCUGAUGACCAUGACUUCGACCCAUCAGCAGACAUGCUUGUCCAUGACUUUGACGACGAACGCACGCUGGAAGAAGAGGAAAUGUUAGAGGCGACGGAUGAGACCAACGUCAAUGAGAUUGCAGAUCUUGCUCGUGAAGGAGACAUGCCCAUUCAUGAACUCCUCAAUCUGUACGGCUACGGGAGCGCGUCACCAGGGGAUGAGGACGAGGAGGAAGACGAGGAAGAGGACGAAGAGGAGGAUGAAGAGGAUGAACUGGACAAUGAAGAAAGCACGAAAGGCAUUGACGAGCUGAAAAGAAACGAGUUUCAGGAAGAACGAGUCCAGAACUCGACAGAAUUGGUGGACGAGGCCCCGGCACCUGCUGAGGGACGCACACGUUCAGUUCGGACCCUCGGCACCGUAGAACUGAUUCGUUCACAGAAACUCAAGUACUUUGAAAGUAAUAACGAUGCAGAGGAAGAGUCAGAUGAAGAUGAGGACUAUGUUCCGUCUGAAGAUUGGAAAAAGGAGAUAAUGGUGGGGUCCAUGUAUCAAGCAGAAACCCCUGCUGGUCUAUGUAAAUAUAAAGACAAUGAAAAAGUUUACGAAAAUGACGACCAGUUGUUGUGGAACCCUGAAUGUCUACCUGAAAACAAAGUGGUGGAGUUCCUAACAGAAGCAUCCAAGCGAACGGGUGAGGAGAAGGGAGUGGACGCCAUCCCAGAAGGGUCCCACAUCAAAGACAACGAACAGGCACUAUAUGAGCUGGUGAAAUGUGACUUUGACGCAGAAGAAGCUUUAAGAAGACUUAGGUUUAACGUAAAAGCAGCCAGGGAGGAACUUUCUGUCUGGACUGAGGAGGAAUGUAGAAAUUUUGAACAAGGACUAAAAUCCUAUGGGAAAGAUUUUCAUUUGAUACAGGCCAACAAGGUGAGAACUAGGUCUGUAGGAGAAUGUGUGGCCUUUUAUUACAUGUGGAAGAAGUCUGAGCGUUAUGAUUUCUUUGCACAGCAAACCAGACUUGGAAAAAGGAAAUACAACCUUCACCCUGGCGUCACAGACUACAUGGACAGGUUACUGGACGAGACGGAGAGCGCCGCCUCCAGCAGGGCGGCGUCGCCUCCUCCCACCACGUCCAGCAGCAGCGCCAGCCACUCGGAGAAGGAGGACAGCAGCGGUCACAAUGGUCUGAGUUGUGGCCACGUGGGAGAUGGUCUACAUCUGGUCCCGGCCCACCAAGUUAGACCUGAACCUCCACAGUCUAAUGGACCGUCGGGUGACGCCCCGCCCCCCACCUCAGACCACACCUCCAACGGCUGCGAGCACCACGCUUCUCCAGAACCGCCUGUGGAUCACAAAGACUUGGACUACACAGACCUGGACCACAGAGACACGGACCACCGAGUGGUGGACCUCAGAGACGUGGACCACGACAGGCCGGCUAAGAGGUUGAAGAUGGAGGCGGAGCCUUUGUUCCAAGUGGAACCUUCCAGAACACACCAGAACUGAAGGCUGGAUUUCACCCUAAUUGGAAACCAAGCAGACUGGGAGGACCAGAAGGUUCUGAGCCCGCCUUUGUAGCCACUUAUUUUUCUACUCCAGAUAUUUAUAUUUUUAACCAAAAGUACCACAGGACUUUUAAAGGACGGCUGUUGUACACACACACACACACACACACACACUCGCACUUUGAAGGUGGAAUGAACUAAGUCAGGUUUGUUUGAGGAGCAGCAGCUGACAUCAGUGAUGUCGUCACCGUAUCGCCCAACUUUCUGCAUCCUCACUUCCUGCUUCCUACACCAGACUGAAUGUUUGUAAAACUUUCUUACCUUCCACAAAGGAUCUAUUUUUCUUCUCCGAGGACGUCGUCUUUGAAAAGGAAACCGUUCCAUGGUUUUGCCUUUUCUUUGGAGCCCUCCAGCCAGAAUGUUUAGUUGUGAUUCUUCAAAGCCAGUGUGAUGUACAUGACACCUCAAUAAAAGACUCAGAGUUCAAAAGUCAUUUUAAUCUUUCCAGACAAACAAGAUGGACUUUUGCUUCACACCUUUUCUGUUGCAAGUCAGCACAUGUUCAUCAUCAGCAAGUGUACUCAAG